GUGCAGUGGCGCAGGCAGCGGGGUCCUGUCUUCAGGGCUGAGAGUGUGUGGGUUUGUGCGGAUACAGGCGGACUGACGGCGCGGAUUGUGUGCGGGUCUGUUAGGACACCGAGACGGACUGAAGGCGCGGAGUGUGUGCGGGUCAUGGACUGACCCCGGGACGCAGUGAGCCUUUCAGCUCAAGAAGGUAGCUGCCUCAGCCUUACCCGGAGGAGUGUGUUCUCAGGGGGCCGUGAGACCCUUGAUAGGAUGUCUGCUAGAGAACGGCACCGUCCCUGGUCUGUGUACCGGGCCAGCACCCUGGACAUCUCCACGGAGAUGCUCAAUCUUGCACUAGCCGGCAACAGCCAGGACCCGGAUGAGCCUGUGCUGGAGUUCAGCCUGGCCUGCAGUGAUCUGACCACUCCGUCACUGGACCGUAAGCCAAGCACCUUUGUGUCUGUGAGCUGCACCACCCCCCCUCAGGCCUUCUGGACCAAGCACGCCCAGACAGAGACCAUUGAGGGCACGGCCAACCCCUCCUUCCUGAGCAGUGUGGCCUUCUUCCCAGACUCUUUCAUCAACCCACAGACUCAAAUCAAACUCUGUGUGUACGACGUGAAGGACCGGUCCCAUGGCACGAUGUAUUUACUGGGUUCAGUCAUGUUCCCAGUGAAACAUCUCCUUCAGGAGCAGACCCACACACUACUCCUCCCUCUCAGUUCUCCGGAGAAUGCACAGGUAGGCAGCGUCACAAUCAUCGCCUGGCAACUGGAGGAGAAGCGGGAGCAGCAGGUGCCGGUCUCCCGGAUACCGGACACUGUCAACGGCAGAACGGUCCUUGCCGUGGACGAGAGCCUGACUGAGUCCAUGGGUAUUCGAGCCAAACAUGCAUCCUUAAACAAAGAUACAUUCCUGCGAUCAGUGUUCGGCGGGACCAUGUCCCGCACAUACCGCUUCCCCACCACAGACGGCAAUCACCUGCGCAUUCUGGAACAGAUGGCAGAGAGCGUGCUGUCACUCAACGUGCCACGACAGAUCAUCAGACUCUUACUGGAGGAGGAUGCUGUCAGAGUGUGUGAGCUAGAGCAGCUAGGAGAAUUAUCUCCAUGCUGGGAAAAUCUCAGACGGCAAAUAGUGACUCAGUACCAGAGUGUAAUCCUCACAUAUCAGGAGUCCCUACACGACCUCCAGGACUACAAAGGCCCCUCCUUCAAAGCGAGUAGCCUGAAGGCCGACAGGAAGCUCGAGUUUAUGCCCACGAACCUCCAUGUCCAGAGGAUGAGGGUGCAGGACGACUCUGGCUAUGAUCACACCUACGAUGUGGUGACAAUCGGUGCUCCUGCGGCCCACUGUCAGGGUUUUAAGAACAACGGCCUGCGUAAACUCAUCCAGAAAUUUGAGGAGACCAAGAAGCACGUUUAUGAGGAGGAACGAAGCACCUUGACCAGCUCCCAGUCAAUCGUAUACGUCCCUCAGGACACGGUCCGUGCCAAAGACAUCAUCUCACACAUCAACACACUGAAGACUCAGGUCAGCUACUACGCCGAGCGCCUGUCCCGCGCUGCUAGGGAACACUCUGCCAACGGCCUGGAAAGAACGCUCACCAUCCUGGCAGACAAGACGCGCCAGCUCGUGACGGUGUGUGACUGCAAGCUGCUGGCAUCGGCCGUGCAGGCGCUGAACGCCGCGCGACCCGACUACAUCGCCUCGAAGACCUCGCCAUCGGCCGAUGCCGAGCACGUGGUCCUGCGCAAUGAUCAGGACACCCUGCUGGCCAAGUGGAGCGGACGCAACAGCCGCACCUCUCUGCCCACAGACUGGCACGAGGAGGAGUGGGAGAAGGUGUGGAUGAACGUUGAGAAGAGUCUGGAGUGCAUCGUCCAGCGUGUGGAGAAACUCCUACAACAGGAGCGGCUCCGCAACGUCAACUGCGAGGACAUGUUCCAGGCCAACCAGCAGGGCGGCACCGCUAAGAAAGGUAACCAGAGGAACCUAGUGUUUUGGAUCAACCCAGCCAUGGACAAGGGUGCCUCACCCACCCCACGGGAUCAGUCAUCAUCAUCCCCCCUCUUGUCAUCUUCAUCAUCGGCAUCUUCAUCAUCAUCAUCUUCUUCACUGCCUGCUCUGAACCCCGCAUGCCCCUCAAAUACAGACAUACAAUACUAUGGCAGCAGCAGCAGAGAGGAGAGCUCCCCAGGUGAGUGGAGUGAGGCCCUAUAUCCCCUGCUGACCACUCUGGCGGAGUGUGUGGCGUUGAUGAGUGACAAGGCGAAGAAGUCGAUGGUGUUUCUGCUGAUGCAGGACCGAGCGCCCACCAUCAGCCUGGACCUGAGUGUGCAGUACCGCAGAGAUGUGGUGUUCUGCCAGACCCUCACUGCUCUUAUAUGCGGCUUUAUUAUUAAACUGAGGAACUGUCUCCGUGACGAUGGCUUCCUGAGACAACUAUACACCAUUGGACUGCUUGCCCAGUUUGAGAGUCUACUGAGUACCUAUGGUGAGGAGCUGGCCAUGCUCGAGGACAUGAGCGUGGGCAUUAUGGACCUGCGGAAUGUGACGUUCAAGGUGACGCAGGCGGUCUCUGCAUCUGCGCCUGACACACUCCCUGUGAUCACGGGCAACCGCGACGGCUUCAAUGUGCGCAUCCCUCUGCCGGGCAGCCUGUUCGAUGCGUUGCCACGGGAAAUCCAGAGCGGAAUGCUCCUGCGCGUACAGCCCGUGCACUUCAACGUGGGCAUCAACGAGCAGCAGACCCUCGCAGAGAAGUUUGGGGACACAUCUCUACAGGAGAUUAUUAACAUUGAGAGUCUGACCCGUCUGAAUUCCUACUAUGAGCAGUUCAAAGAAGUUCUACCAGAGGACUGUCUCCCUCAUUCCCGCAGUCAGACGUGUCUUCCUGAGCUCCUGCGUUUCCUCGGACAGAAUGUCCAUGCCAGGAAAAACAAGAAUGUGGACAUCUUAUGGCAGGCUGCAGAGAUCUGUCGGCGGUUGAACGGUGUGCGCUUCACCAGCUGUAAGAGUGCGAAGGACCGCACGGCGAUGUCGGUCACGCUGGAGCAGUGUCUCAUUCUACAGCACGAGCACGGCAUGGCGCCGCAGGUCUUCACGCAGGCUCUCAACUGCAUGCGCAGUGAGGGCUGCCGGCGGGAGAAUGCUCUGAAGAACGUGGGAUGUCGCAAGUACGCCUUCAACUCUCUGCAGCUGAAAGCCUUCCCCAGACAGUAUCGCCCUCCUGACGGGACCUUCGGGAAGGUGGAGUCCUGAGCAGCUGCCAUCAGGGUCAGGGUCACCAUCUGAGUGGCUACAUCUCCCCACAGAUAUACCACAUUACUGUGAAGCUGGCAUCUGAUAUGCUGUAGUCAGAGACCUCACACUGAUAUUAGAAUUGACCUCAUGAGACAAACCGUCUCACGUUUCUGAGCUAAUGUUUAUUUGAAUGCAAAUCUGCCUUAUAAGCAGAAAACUCUCCUACUCUUCAGACAUUCAUGGACACAGCGUUCCCAGGUCCCUCGUGGACACAGCUUUCCCAGGUCCCUCGUGGACACAGCGUUCCCAGGUCCCUCAUGGACACAGCGUUCCCAGGUCCCUCGUGGACACAGCGUUCCCAGGUCCCUCGUGGACACAGCGUUCCCAGGUCCCUCAUGUAAUGCAGUGCAUUUCAGUAGUUCAGUCAGUAGUAAUGGUGUCCAGUGUCCAUUUCAUAUCUGUGCAGUUUCACUGCCUCUUCAAAUUAAAAGGCACCAUCACUAGAGUAAGAAAACCUAUAUAUAUCACCACAUCCUUUUUCCACUCCCCUUAGCUGUCAUAUACCAUGUGCAACUGCUUAAGAUGACAUCAUUUUUCCCCUCAGUAGUGCACAAGGUUUGCUCACUAUGGUCCUAGUGUCCUCUGGUUAAAGCACCUGCCUGCCUCUCUGACUCCUCUGAGCCUCACGUGAUGCUGGUGUGUUGGUCUGCACUGAGCCUCACGUGAUGCUGGAGUGUUGGUCUGCACUGAGCGUUCUUCUGAGACAGGAUUUUUUUUUUUUGGAUCCACCCCCCCCCCCCCCCCCAACCAUCACUGACCGCCGUUUAAGGAAUACCAUAUCAUUUCCAUGUAGUAUGUGUCAUGUCUCACAAUGUGCUGUCUCACUCUUUGGCUUUUUUGUUUGUUUGUUUGUUUUGCUGUCACAUGCAUAAAGGUCAUGUGUUUAAUGACGUUUCACCAUUACUGGUCUCGCUUGUCUGCUCAGGUCUGUGAGCUGUGCACAGUCACCAAGUGGCAGUGUGCUGUAUGAACCUACGCUGUUGACAGUCAGACAAGCUGAAAUGCAGUUUCCCUGUUUUUGCAUUAAUUGUUUUAUUUUCUAGUUAUUUUACACUUUUUUUUAAAUUCUGAUAUUUAUAACAUUACUGUUGUAUUCUUUCCUGUGUUUUACACAUACUGAUGUGUUCCAUGACUACUUUUUAAGCUGUAAUGUAUUAUUUAAUUCAUGAUGCUCACAAAUAUUUGAAUGAAACUUGAUUUGUAUUUAUUUCUAUUUUACUGAACUUGUAUGUUUUAUUAAGCCCUCUUAGGUGAAUUUUGUCUGUUUAAAGCAGAGUUCUGCUGUGCAGCAUACUGUCAUCUCUGUCUGACUCCAUUAAAAGACCAUUACUCUGUCCUAGAA